CGAAUCCAACCACGUGAAGUUGUCUGUCUUUAUGCUGGUUGUUGCUGUUGAAGGAUGCCUACCGCCUCUACGGAUUCGGAAAAGAAGGGCCCUAUUGAGGCCCAAACUCCCAUAAAACAAGCUAUCGCUAUUGUGGAGCGUAAGGUCCGCAAUCUAGAAAAGCGAAAGACUAAACUUGAUAACAUCAAGCAAAAGGCGGCCUCUGGGGGUCAGCUGGAGUUAGACCAGAAGAAUGCAAUCGAACAUUACGAAGAGGUUAUCCAAACGCUGGAGUAUUCGAGGGAGCUUCAGAAACAGUUUGCUGCUAUCAGCAAUGAGGCUGGGAAACUGAUGAAGAAGCAGAUGAGGAGAGAGAAGUUAGAUCGCCAGCUACAUGAGAUCAAACGGAUCCAGGAGCUGCUCCAAGUCCAGAACCUUCUGGACAGUCUGGGCUCCCAGAACAUACGCUCUGACUUCCAAACGGGCAAACAUGGGGCUGUGGUUCUAACAGAGGAAAACUUGAACCAGCUGGAUGAGCUGUACCAGCUGAUCAGCCCCACGCGGGAAGGGGAGGACUAUCAUAAGAAACUGAACGCUGCCGCCGAGCACAUCGUCUCCCUCCUUGAGGGCAAACAAAAGGAAGUUAUUGGGACAACGUACAAGGAUUUGAAAGAACUCAUUGACCUUAUCAGUGGAUGUGGGUACUUCGAGGCAGUUCAGAAGAUUGAGAAUGAGGAGAGUGCUGCCAAAGCUGCAGCUGCUGCAGUUGAGGUUGUCGAGGAAGCUGUUGAGGAUGACGGAGGUGAGGAUGUGGAGUCGAGUGAGGAUGGUAAAACUGAGUCCCAGCCGGAUGAACCUGCCCUGGAUCUCCCAGUUAGCCAGCCACCACAAGAGACCAUGAAUCAGACUGUCCCCCCACAGCUCAACAACAUGGCAACCCAGGGUGGACAAGCUGCGUACUAUGCUAACGAGGUGUUUCAGCAACCCAGCCAAAGACCCAUUGAUGAGAUCGUAUCCUCAGUGCAGGGCAGUUUCAACUUUCUUCAGGAGUCAACCAUUGAUGUGGACUCAGCUCCUCACAUUGACCCUGCAGUUGUUGCUGCUCAGCCCAUGCCCAGACCUUCAGCUCAACCCACGCCGGACACAGAUUCACGGACUCGAUCUGGUUUCGCAACCCAGGCGUACGAUCAACAGAACAAUCCAACACCAGCCCAGACAAGUCAACACACCAGCAACAGCUUAGCAGAACAGCAGCAACAGAGAUAUCAGUCAGCAGAACAGACCACACUGUCACAGCAAAACAUGGACUACCCCUCCUCGCAGCAGUUUCGUCAAAACGCCUUAUCACAAAAUAUCCAGACUGAGUCUAUGUUUCCACCAGCUGCAGAGGACUCGCACGGAAUGAUGAACCAAACUGGAUCUGACAAUUCCAUGGGGCAAUACGAUAUCCCACCCUCCAUACCACUCCCACAAUCUCAGGAUAACCAACAGCCCAACAUUUCCAAUCAGCCGGAGAAGAAGUUUACAAUGAACGCAGCAGCGCCGGUUUUCCAGUCGAUGUAUUCACAGGCUGGCAUUCAGGAACAGAUUGGUGAUGGUCCCAACCACGCAUCUCAGAACGCCGACUCAAAUGGAGCUAACACUUUCCAGAAUAACCGCUACCAGAAUGACGGCUUCCAGCAGCGAGGUCCGCGAAGAGAUGGGAGUGGUUACCGUGGCCGCGGAGGCCGAGGAGGUAACACUGGUGGCAACAACAGCAAUAUGCAGAACGGCUUUAACCGGAACGCCGGUGGGGGCAACAUCAGUGGACAGAACUCGGGUCGCGGUGGGAGAGGAGGCCAGUACCCAGGUUACACUUCCCGCAAUAACUACCAGGCUGACAGUUACCAAGGCUACAGCAACAACAGUGGAGGUGGUUUCAACCAGGGCUACAAGCAGCGAGGUGGUGGGGGCGGGGGACAGAUGAGAGGGUCUGGUGGCAGCGACCGGGGUGGCAUGAGGAACAGUGGAGGGAUGCGUGGAGGAGGACCCUCAAGAAACAACGCCAACAACGCACCAAGAACUGGCAACGCUCGCGGUAAUGGCGUCGGACGGCCAAACUCUGGAGGACAGUUCCAGCAGUAACUAAGGAAACGGAACACAAAAACAGACAAUCUUUGCCAGUGAUGGAUACAUUCUGCAACGAUUUGUGACUUUGACAGGAAUUUCAUUGGUCCCACAGCUUGUGUUGAUGAUAAUGCUCAAACCGCUAUUUUAGUGUCAAACCGUUUCACCAGGUGUAUGCAAAAGGGUGAUUCCAUGGAGUGGGUAGUUCCCUACCCAACCCAAAGCUUUGGGGCCUUUGAUGUUUUUGUCAAUGGAGGUGCUUCAUGUUGCACAGGCAACGGGCAGAUGUAGACGUGGGAAGGCAAAUUUCAACGGACAACAACAAAUUCACAGCAUUUUAACAUCCAACGUGGUAUUUUUUUUCCUCAUUUAAUUUUUUUUUCAAAACUACACCCAGGUGUUUUGUAACAAGGAAACUUGAUGGAUCAUGCUUGUUGCUGAUUACCGAGAUUCCCAGCUAUCUCUGUACAGGAAGAACCCAUAUUCUCAUCACACCAUCGUUUUCUUUAUUUCAUUGUAGUGCUGAACUGCUGCACAGAGAAGGCUGGGAAAUCUCUUGGCUCCGAUCAAGUAUGCCCAAUGUGGUCAAGCAGAUAUUUAAGUAAACCUUUACCAAAAAAAAAAGCAAAAAAAAAAAGCAAAAUAAGACAAAUGGCAGGUCCUUGAGGGAUCUAUGACUAACGUCGUCAUGGUCAUCCAAGUUAAAAUUCUAUGCUAGAAUGCAAUUAUUUGGUUGGUCAGCAUUCAAAUAUUAUUUGGGUCUUUGGAUCAAGAUCCCCUCAUAUUUUUUUUUCUAGCUUCUGCAAUCAAAUAAAAGUUUGUCAAAAUCCA